AUGAGCUCAAACGAUCUCUUCUCUUUUUUGGAUGAGGCUCCAGCGGAGACUAUAAGCGACAUCGAUGGCGACGCGGUCAUGCGAGAUGUUACACAGGCUGAAACCUCGAGAAAACGAAAAGCUGGAUCUCCCCGAGCUGCGAACGGCGCUGGUCUUUCUCCUGCUGCCGACGAGGCUGGUCCCUCUGUACCAAAAAAGCAACGUGUAGCAUUAUCGCAACCGUUAGUGGUGGAUGAAGUCGAAAUUGAGGCCAAGCGGGAGGUUGCCGCCAGCGCUGGCCUCGAAAGUGCCGUCGAUGCAGGUUCUCGAUUGGAAUUGCGACAUCGCGUACGGCACCAAGUUGCGGUACCGCCAGGGUACGAUUACAUACCCAUCGCGAAACACGUUCCGCCUGCGAAACCUGUUCGAGAGUACAAAUUUACUCUCGAUCCUUUCCAGCAAGUAUCUGUAUCUGCUAUUGAACGGAAUGAGAGUGUGCUUGUAUCUGCACAUACAAGUGCAGGAAAGACAGUCGUAGCCGAGUAUGCCAUCGCUCAGUGCUUACAGAACAAACAGCGUGUAAUAUACACAAGUCCCAUCAAGGCUCUGAGCAAUCAGAAGUAUCGUGAGAUGGAGGCAGAGUUUGGCGAUGUCGGUCUUAUGACAGGGGAUGUCACCAUAAGACCUACUGCAACAUGUCUGGUCAUGACAACUGAAAUUCUGCGUUCGAUGCUUUACCGCGGUUCUGAAAUCAUGCGUGAAGUCGCAUGGGUCAUCUUCGACGAAAUCCACUACAUGCGAGACAAGGAGCGCGGAGUCGUUUGGGAAGAGACCAUCAUCCUCCUUCCGCACACCGUACGCUACGUUUUCCUGUCUGCAACGAUACCCAAUGCCAUGCAAUUCGCCGAGUGGAUAUGCAAAUCGCAUGAUCAACCUUGUCAUGUCGUCUACACCGACUUUCGACCCACCCCUCUACAACAUUAUUUGUUUCCUGCGGGAGGCGAAGGCAUUUAUCUGGUCGUCAACGAGAAGGGCGAAUUCCGGGAAGACAACUUCAGCACGGCAAUGGGCAUGCUUCAGGAGAAGAUGGGCGAUGACCCUGCUGACCCGAAAGCUGGGAAGGGAAGGAAAGGAAAAUCGAAGAAGGGGGGCGAAAAAAAGGGCAGUUCGGAUAUCCAAAAGAUAGUCAAGAUGAUCAUGCGGAAAAACUACAACCCUGUCAUCAUCUUCUCUUUCAGCAAGCGUGAAUGCGAAGCCUUGGCAUUGCAAAUGUCCAAGCUCGAGUUCAACUCUACUGACGAGCAGGAUAAUGUGGAGAAAGUCUUCGUCAAUGCCAUGGACAUUCUCUCUCCAGAAGACCGCCAACUUCCUCAAAUCACAAAUCUUCUCCCCCUCCUAAAACGCGGCAUCGGUAUACAUCAUGGUGGCCUUCUACCCAUCCUAAAGGAGGUUAUCGAAAUCCUCUUCCAAGACGGACUCAUCAAGGUCCUCUUCGCCACCGAGACGUUCUCGAUUGGUCUGAACAUGCCCGCCAAGACGGUGGUAUUUACCGCUGCACGCAAGUUUGACGGACGCGAUUUCCGUGACCUUUCUUCGGGUGAAUACAUCCAGAUGUCUGGGCGUGCGGGUCGGCGGGGUCUUGAUGAACGUGGUAUUGUGAUCAUGAUGUGCGACGAAAAGCUCGAGCCAACUUCCGCGAAGCAGAUGAUCAAGGGUGAAGCAGAUCGCCUGGACUCCGCGUUCCACCUAGGAUACAACAUGAUCCUCAAUCUUAUAAAGGUCGAAGGAAUCAGUCCCGAGUACAUGUUGGAACGUUGCUUCUACCAAUUUCAAAGUAGUACUGGGAUUCCACUGAUGGAAGAUGAGUUACAGCGUGAGGAAGAAAGGAAGAAAUCGAUUGUCAUCCCCAAUGAGGAGCUAGUGGCGGAAUACUACGAGUUCCGACAGCAGCUCGAUCAGAUGGCUGCUGAUUUCAAAGACGUGAUCACACACCCCAACUACAGCCUUCCGUUCUUGCAAUCCGGACGACUGGUCAAAGUGAAGCACCAGAAGCUGGAUUUUGGAUGGGGCGCUAUCGUCAACUACCAGAAGCGUGUACCACCAAAGAAUGCGCCACCUCUUAGCGAAGAUAUUCCACCGCACCAGCAGUAUGUUGUAGACGUUUUGCUCAAUUGCAAUUCUGGAUCGACACUAUCAAAGGACCGGAACAUAUCAACACCCACGCCGGGUGGUGUGCAGCCUUGUGCUUCGGGCGCGAAUGGCGAGCCUAUGGUGUUACCAGUCUUGCUUUCGACUGUCAAUGCUAUAAGUCGCCUACGAAUUUCUAUGCCCAAGGACUUGCGGUCACUGCAGGCACGGGAGACUGUUUGGAAGAGCGUGCAGGAGGUGCAGCGUCGGUUCCCUAAGGGAAUCGCAUUACUUGAUCCAAUUCAGGACAUGGAGGUCAAGGACGAUAAAUUCCAAGCCCUUGUUAAGAAAAUUGAUAUGAUGGAGGGUAAGCUGUUCUCCAGUCCUCUGCACACAGACCCGCGCCUCCCAGAGCUCUACUCGCUGUAUGCUCAAAAGCAGGAGUGCCAGACGCGCAUCCGGGAGCUCAAGAAGCGAAUACAAGCAACAAACGAUGUGCUACAGAUGGAAGAACUGAAGUGCCGCAAACGGAUCCUGCGGCGACUUGGAUUUACUACAUCUGCCGACAUCGUCGACAUGAAGGGCCGUGUUGCGUGUGAGAUCAGCACAGGCGACGAGCUGUUACUGACGGAGCUGAUCUUCAAUGGCGCAUUCAACACGCUGUCACCCGAGCAGUGCGCGGGGCUGCUCAGUUGCUUCGUAUUCGCUGAGAAGAGUGAACAAGUCAUUAAGCUGAAGGAGGAACUGGCGGCACCUUUACGUGUAAUGCAAGAGAUUGCCAGACGGAUAGCUAAAGUCUCUAAGGAGUCGAAGCUCGCCAUCGACGAGGAGGAGUAUGUUAAAUCCUUCAAGGUCGAACUCAUGGAUGCCGUUGUACAGUGGUGCCGAGGCGCAUCCUUCUCCGACAUCUGCAAGCUCACUGAUCAGUUUGAGGGAAAUCUUAUCCGAGUUUUCCGGCGGCUGCAAGAACUGCUACGCCAGAUGAACCAAGCAGCAAAGGUCAUCGGGAACACCGAGCUGGAAGAAAAAUUCGAGAAGGCUUCUGAGAUGCUCGAACGACCGAACUCCGUCAUCUUCUGCUCUUCACUAUACAUAACUUAG